CUGUGUCUCACUGUUUGUGCCUCUGUCUCUCUCAAUUCUGUCUAGUUUUUGUGUCACUGUGUCCCUCGUGUCUCAUACCGCUGUCUGUUCCCUUCUAUUAAGCCUUGUAUCCCUCUAUUCUUCCAUUCAUUUCUUCUCUCCCCUGUGUUGUCUGUUACGUUCUCAGUCAUGUGGAUACACUUUGCCCCCCUCAAAAUCCCAUUCUCUAGGAGGCUGCAAACUGGCGCAGUCUUGCAGUGGGCUGUCUCGUUUCUUGCAAUGGCUCAGUGCUGCAUUGCCCUCUACAUCCUCCUGCUUUUCUCUCGCUAUUGGUACCUGGCAGUCCUCUAUGGGGUAUGGCUGUAUAUAGAUUGGGACACCCCAUCCAAGGGAGGCCGUAGAUCAAACUGGGUGCGCAGCUGGACUGUGUGGAAAUACUUUGCUGAAUACUUUCCCAUCAAGCUUUUGUGCACUGCUCCCCUGGAUCCCAAGUACAACUAUAUUAUGGGGUUCCAUCCCCAUGGGGUGCUGGUGGUUGGGGCCUUUGGAAAUUUCUGCACUGAGGGAACUGGAUUCUCCCGUCUCUUCCCGGGUCUAACGCCCCACCUUCUGAUGCUGCCUGCCUGGUUCCGGGUCCCGUUCUUCAGAGAGUACAUUAUGAGUGGCAGUCUUGUAUCCUCAGACAGGAGCAGCGCCCAUCAUCUCCUCUCCCAAAAGAGUGGGGGUCAAGCUCUCGUCAUAGCAGUUGGGGGCCCUCCAGAGGCACUAGAUGCUAAACCUGGGGAGCUUACACUCCAACUGCUAAACAGGACCGGGUUCAUUAAAAUGGCACUGACUCAUGGAGCUCACUUGGUUCCAGUUCUGUCCUUUGGGGAGAAUGACUUGUACAAUCAGGUUAAUAACCCUCGGGGAUCUCUGCUUAGAGCGACACAGGAGAAGCUGCAGAAGAUCUUUGGAAUCGCCCUGCCCCUCUUUCACGGUCGGGGGGUUUUCCAGUACAGUUGGGGUCUCCUGCCCCAUCGCAGACCAAUUUAUACAGUAGUGGGUUCUCCAAUCCACGUGACCAAGACUCCAUGUCCCACACGGGAGCAAAUUUCUUCUCUCCAUUCCCUUUACAUUGCAAAGCUGAGGGAUCUCUUUGAGACGCACAAAGGUAACUAUGGCAUUCCCGAAGACCGAAGUCUGGUGCUGUGCUGAGACCGCAUGGAAGAGGCUGACUGAUGGACUCUAUCUCCUCGUAUGGUGUAAAUAUUCUUUGGCUUUGGCUUGCUGACCAACCACGGUACUCUACACAAUUUGUGUGAAUUUUGGGUUCUCCUAAUUAAAUACAGCCACAAAACCCUCAGGUAAUAAACAUUUCUCACCAA